AUACAGGCUGUAGGCUCAUUGUUGCUGCCUACCAGCCGGCCUGUCGCUGCCCGAGGGACGAGACCCCUCUGUGUGUCUCUGGACGGCUCACCAUGCACCUCACCCAGCUCAACCACGAGUGUCUCCUCCACCUUUUCUCCUUCCUGGACAAGGACAGUCGCAGGAGCUUGUCCCUCACCUCUCAACUGCUGCACGAGAUCUUCGUGGACCCCUGCCUCUGGAAUCUGCUCCACUUCAGCUCGCCGGGUCAGCUGAGGAGGGACAACUUUGUGCUGGGACCCUCGCUGCGGUACCUGACUAUUUGCUGGUACUCCAGCAGAGUGCAAGUGUGCAACAUCGAGGACUGGCUGAAGAGUUCGUUUCAGAGGGACAUCUGCAGCAAACAUGAGAGCCUGGUCAGCACUUUCCUGGCCCAUGUCUGCCACAUGUGUCCCAACCUGCUGGAGUUGACCCUCUCUGGCUGCGGCCACAUCACUGACCAGGAUGUGGUCUCCUUGCUGCAGAGCUGCAGGAGGCUGCGUCGCCUUCACCUGGAGAACUGCGUCCGUAUCACCGACCGCAGCCUGGAAGGCGUGGUGGCUCACGGAGACGGUCUGGAGGAGGUGAAGGUGGACUUUUGCAGGAACAUCACUCAGGCGGGGCUGCAGGCUGUCAGGGAGAGGAGGCCAGGCCUCCAGCUGACAGCAGAGAGAAGCGCUGACAUGAUCCCUGACAGCAAGCCUGAGGAGAAGGUGCCGCUGAGGAGGACACUGCAGAAAGUCCUGCUGUUCUCCUGAGGGAGGAGUCUCAGCUUCUCUCUCAGAUGGACUGCAAGGGAAAAACAAUUCUGUGACAAAAUUUGAGAUGUUUUUUGAAGUGUUUUUAUAGUUUUGAUAUCUUUUUUAUACAACACACUAUAUGUUGAAUAUGAAUAUGCCUUACAAAACAUUCUAUGUAAGCUGCUUCUAUUCCAUGUUAAUCAAAACACACACAUGUCUACAUGACUUCAGAGGACAUUGCAUUGACUUACAUGGAUUUCCUGGAGACCUGCCCUAACCAUAGUUACUACUUGCCUAACCCUAGUUUAGUUUAUCGUAGCUUAGAUUAGCGCAGACUUGAAACAGAGGGCUGAUUCUAUCCAAACGUAAAAUAACUGAACAGUAAAAAUAAAAAUAACUAGCUCUCUGAUUAAUAAACAAUAGUUCCCAGGUUUUAAAGAAGAACAUAUGUGUUAGACUAUGUCUUGGCCGGAUGCAGUUGCCACCAGGAUUCUUCAUGUUAAAAGAAAAAUCUGAAUUUGUCCAUAUUUUUUCUUUGUAUGAAUGAGAAUAAACUAAUUCCAACUUGUUGAUAUAUGAACUUACUUACUACUUAUUUACUGUACUGAUGUGAGGGUGGUGUCAGCCAUCUCAACGCAGGCUAUCAACAGUUUAAUUAAAAUAUAACCUCCCCUGAGGGUGAUAUCACACACCUUCAUGAUACAAAGAGAAGUCAUGUGGUGGCUCAGUGUUCUCUCUGUCAUGGUGAGACAUGUUGAGAGGAGAGGUUCUAUCAGGGCAGAGAGGCCCUGUGCCUGAGCCCUGAUUGGAAUCAUAUUAUAUAACACUGUGAGACAUAUGAAAGUAGGUUGAUUGGGGGAGUGCGUCUCCCCCUGUAAAUGCCAUGUGACAAUUUUAUUGCAGACUGCUGCUGUGGAGAGCGCCACAUCCUAUGAUGUCUAGAGAAUUACCAUAUCCUCUCAAAGAAGGUCAGUGUAAUCAGGAAUAUGCUUUUUUCCCUAUCCGACCAGGACGUGGGCUUAUACUGUAUGAGGCGGUUUUUCAGUUUCCUGUUGUUGUUCCAGAAAGGUCACAAUACUGUGUGUGUUUCUACUUGAUGUAUUUUUUUCUCACUGUGUUUCUGUAUUUGUUUUGUUUUUAUACUUAUUUAUUAUCUGGAAAAUCUAAUUUCUCCAAUUUUGUGAUGGAAAAUAAAGUUUUUAUGGCUGUAAAUUUGAAUCUCUAGAAUGAUGAA